AUGCAUUUAAUGUAUUAUCUCGACGGUGAUGGUAACCGUGUCUACACUCUCAAGAAACGUAGUCCAAGCGGUGGCAUUACCAAAUCCGCACAUCCAGCUAGAUUUUCACCGGACGAUAAGUUUUCACGUCAACGAGUCCUUUUAAAAAAGAGAUUUAAAAUUUUGCUGACCGAUUUGCCAAGCAAACCUAUGUAG